AUCUGUGUGUGUGUUUGAUAGCAGCCAGCCAGCCAGCCAGCCAGCCGAGCCGGGGGUGGGGUGGGGUGGGGGGGCCUGGAUGAGAGGCAGACGAUGCUGCAGAAUGGUGCUUUCCUGCGGUGUUUGUGUGCGGGAUUAGCCGCUACUUAGCUUUGUGUGUGUGUGUGUGUGUGCGUGUUUUGGAGACGCAGGGCGCACCGAGCCAGCACAGCCGCGUCAGGUGGAUGCGCCUGCAGUGAUCCAGGUCGCCCCUAUGGAUCGCGUCCAUGGAUGUCUUCAAAACCGCUUUGGACAAUAGUUUGAGUCCCAAGGCGUGCGUUUCCUCCACGGAAGAAGCAGAGGCGGAUGUUUUUCGCUGGCCCACACCGGAGCAUGGCAGCCACAGCGCCGCGCCGGUUGCGGGACCCGCCGCACCUGGUUUCUGGACGGCCGUGUUCGACUAUGAGGCGACUGCGGAGGAUGAGCUCAGUCUGCGGAGAGGGGACCUGGUGGAGGUCCUGUCCAAAGACUCCCUGGUCUCGGGAGAUGAGGGAUGGUGGACUGGUAUGAUAGCGGACCGGGUUGGCAUAUUCCCGUCUAAUUACGUGAGCAAAGGGAAUGGCAUUCCGGAGGAAAUACGGGACAGCCCGGAGCAGCAGUACUCCGUGCCUCCUCUGCACCUCCUGGAGAUCGACUUCUCAGAGCUGACCCUGGAGGAAAUCAUCGGGGUGGGCGGUUUUGGAAAGGUCUACCGCGCGGUGUGGCGGGGGUCAGAGGUGGCAGUGAAGGCAGCACGACGGGACCCCGACGAGGAUGCCGAGCAGACUCUGGAGAGCGUGCGUCAGGAGGCCAAACUCUUCGCCAUGCUCAACCAUCCCAACAUCAUGGGUCUGCUGGGGGUGUGUCUGCUGGAGCCCAACCUGUGUCUUGUCAUGGAGUUCGCCCGGGGAGGACCCCUCAACCGGGCCCUCGCGGGGAAACGAAUCCCUCCGUGCACGCUGGUGGACUGGGCCGUGCAGAUCGCCCGGGGCAUGCUGUACCUCCACAGCCAGGCCAUCGUCCCCAUCAUACACCGAGACCUGAAGUCCAGCAACAUCCUCAUCCUCGAGAGGGUUGAGAUGGAAGACCUCAGCAACAAGACUCUGAAGAUCACAGAUUUCGGGCUGGCGCGGGAGUGGCACCGCACCACCAAGAUGAGCGCCGCCGGCACCUACGCCUGGAUGGCUCCCGAAGUCAUCCGCUCGUCCACGUUCUCCAAGGGUAGCGACGUCUGGAGUUACGGCGUGCUGUUGUGGGAGCUGCUGACGGGAGAAGUUCCAUUUCGUGGCAUCGACUGUCUCGCAGUGGCUUACGGCGUGGCGAUGAACAAACUGGCUUUGCCCAUUCCCUCGACCUGUCCCGAGCCCUUUGCACGUCUCAUGGAGGAAUGCUGGAGCCCGGACCCUCACUCCCGACCACAGUUCACAGCUAUUCUGGACCAGCUGACGGCCAUCGAAGAGUCUGGCUUCUUUGAGAUGCCAGUGGAGUCCUUCCACUCCCUGCAGGAUGACUGGAAGCUGGAGAUCCAGGAGAUGUUUGAUCAGCUGAGGACCAAGGAGAAGGAGCUGCGAUCGUGGGAGGAGGAGCUGACCCAAGCCGCGCUGCAGCAGAAGUGCCAGGAGGAGGCGCUGAGGAGGCGCGAGCAGGAACUGGCCGAGCGAGAGAUCCACAUCCUGGAGCGAGAGCUCAACAUCAUCAUUCACCAGCUCUACCAGGAGAAGCCUCACGUGGAGAGCCGGCAGGGCAAGUUCCGCCGCAACCGCCUUAAACUCAAGGAUGGGAAUAGGAUCAGCCUGCCGUCAGAUUUUCAGCACAAAAUCACGGUGCAGGCGUCUCCCUCGCAUGAUCGGCGGAGGAGUCUGCUGAGCAGCGGUUCCAGUCCUCAGACCAGUCCGCCGAUGCUGCCCCGCCUGAGAGCGAUCCAACUCACUCCAGGGGAGGGAUGCACGGCCUGGGGUCGCUUUCAGCAGGAUGAAGAAGACGACGAGAGGAAGGGGUCCAGGAAAAAGGGAAGAUCCCGCGGGUGUGGCCCGUACAGGGAGCACAGCGCUGAUGCCACUGUGAAGCCUCCCCACGAAGGCAGCAGGCAGCGGUCCUGCAGCGCCCCGAACCUCCGCAGAUCCCCGAGACACAGUCCUGCAGUGCCCGGAGUGCCGAGCCUUGUGGAGAUGGAAAAUGAAGACUGCUGCUUCACUACUGAGCCAGGAGAAGCUCCUGCUCAGUCCUACCUCUGCAUCCCCUUCCACAAGGAGAACCACACCGGUGCUGCUGCCGAGAGUGACGGCGACGAGUACUGCCCGAGCGGCCAGCUUCCAGGAACGCCGCCGUGCAGAAAGAGCCCCGGUGGAGGCCGGCGGUCCGAACUGGUCCUGCUGGGCUGUGGAGCUCUGCUGGCAGCCGUCGGACUUGGCUGCAACCUGCUAACUGCAGCCCAACCGGAGGAGAGCAUCAAACCACGCUGGGAGGGUUUCUUCCACAGGACAGGGGGCCAGAAGCGGAGCACCAGCCCCCAGACUCACAAACUGUUCCGACGGGAAAGCCCGCUGAAACCCUCAGCGCCCUCGCUGCCCGAGCGAGCCCUGCCGGCCUCUUACACGCUGCUGUCCUUAUCAUCGGUGUCCGACUGCAACUCCACCCGCUCGCUGCUGCGCUCCGACAGCGAGGAGUUGUUGGUCUGCCGCGCUGCCUCGCCGCUUCCCGUCUCACAGCGUCAGGCCAUCCAACCUCCGAUCAACCCGCUGGUCAACACCCACCUCGAGAGCUUCAAGCGUAACCCCCGCCAGUCCCUCACACCCACACACAUACCCUGCGCUCCAAGUUCCUCACGUGGCCUGCGUCGAACACCGUCAGACGGGGCCAUCAAGAAGAGUUGCCCUCCUAAUAAUCUGCACCCAUUGCCAGAAAAAACAACAUUAGAGAACACAGGUGGCUUCAGAGGUUUCAAAGAAGACUGUCCGGAGGUCCCCCGGCUCCCCGAUCCAAACAUCGUGUUCCCUCCAACUCCCCGUCGUCGCUGUGCUCCCGAACGGCCCAAGACCCUUGACUUUGUGGCUCGACCUCGGCCUUCACCCCGGGCGCGCUGCGACGUGUUCUGGGCGGAAGCGAGGCAAAGGGGAAACGGACAUAACCUGGGUAACGGCGACUCCCCCGCCCACACGUCCAGCACAGAGACUCCUCCGACUGUAGAGUUUGGUAGAGACCCGGCGGUGCUGCCCACCCCCAUGGAAGCACCGACGCCGUACUCCCCCCGCAGGAAGGCAAACCUGCUGGAUCAGCUGGAUGAGGGACAGUCCCGGGAUGGAACCGUCCCGCUUUGCAGACCAGAGAUCAACUUUCCUAAAGACUCUCCUUACCGCUACAGACCCGGAUUCUGGUCCUAACUCAGCCCCCAUGUGCAUACAGGCCCGGGUCAACACAAAAAGGAGAUGUCCCUGCUGUUAGCCUCUGGAUUGUAACAGGUCUAAUUAACCUACAAAAUGAAUCUGGUUUUAGCUUUAAUCAGUGCUUAACGGGGGAGGUUCACCUUUACCCAACUAGAAGAUUGUUGCAAAAUUACAGGAAGACAUUUACUGUGAAUAUUUGACCUCUGACAUGCAAUUUAGCCAUUUGUGAUGGAAAAAAAAUCAAAUUUGGCAUCUAAAACAGCUCAAACUAAAGUAUUUUAUUUGACCCAGGUCUGGUUCCUAAUGCAUUAGAGAGGCAGAACACUUUACUCACUUUUUUACGUUGAGAAUAAGCUAAUUAAUUAAUGACUUUAUGGCAGAAUGGCAUUGAAAGCUUUACAUCAUUUUCCUUAAUUUCAAGCUUGAGUUCAAGAUUGUGCAUUUAAUGAAGUGCACUUUUGGAAAGCGUCAUGAAUGUAAAGCUUCAGGUUUGUUUCGUAUCUUUCCACUGGUCUCUGAUUAUUUGUAACUCGUCUUGCAUUAUUCAAACUCCACGCGUGUGAUUCACUGUCCCGUGUUCGUAACGGCUGAUGGAUUCCUGUUUUGUACUGAGCACCUGUCGUCACCAAUCACCUGAUGCUGAUGUAUAUUAGGAGCACUUCUUUGCAUUCGUCUUGAAACAGUGUCGGUACGAGAACGUCUUGACGCCAUCUCGAGUCGUGUACGGUGAACUUUACUCUAAAGAAGAAUGUCACUACUGCUCGGGUUUGAAUCGGGACCGAAACACACUGUCAGGAACCGAAAUAUCUCAAAGAACUCAUUAAUGUGUCGAGUUGGCUCUUUGUUUGUGGCCCCUGUCAGAGCAGCUGGUUUGGAUCCCGACCCGGGCGGUUCAGAAACAUUUCUCCACACUGGG